AGCCUGCGUUAUAGAUAUAAUAUUUCGCUCCUCGUUCGUGGAAAAUUAUUUCUUCUCCCGCUGCAGCCAUCGAACAAGAAGGAGAGAAUUUUCAGUGUGAAUCGAGAUGUUGUAAGUGGACCAUAAGCACGUUUUUUUCGGACGAGCUCUGAAUCGCGGCCACGCAAAUCGUGGCUGUACAUACGUAUCUUUUGAGAAACUUUUAAGUAAAUCACGAGUAGGGUCCUCGUGACCCACAAAAAGCCGUCAUCAUUGAUUCUGACGAAUCGACGGUGAUAAUGGGCGUCCAGGUGGAGGAGUCCAAGAUCGGCGCCAUGAUCGAGAAGGCCAAGUUUUACACAUCGGUCUGCAUGGGCACUACAGCAAUCCUUGCGGUUUUCGCCUUCCUGUUUUUGAUCCCGUUUGUCGUCGAGCCGGCGAUAACCACCAUCCUGGCGGAUUUCUCGCCGCAUGCUGUCGCCUGCGUCACGACGGAGCACGUGUACGCGGAGGGAUUGAAGAACUGUUCGUGGGCGAGCUGCAGAGAAGGUUGUACCAGCGCUGCGCUUCGUUGUCAUCAAAUCAAAGUCAACUACACCAGACUCCCGUAUGAGGAAUUCACAGCGAAGCCAUUGGGUUCAGUACCAUGGGACGUCACCGAUACCAAGUUCUUUGUGAACACUGAAGGAUGCGGCUAUCCGCCCACAGUUAACUGUUCUAUUUUCGCCAAGAAAUACGCCUAUGCAAAUAUGGGGAAGAUAUUUCCCUGUUAUUACAGUAGAACACAUCCGGAGAUAGUUGUCGCAAGGUAUUCAUGGGAUGAGAAUCUGAGGCAUUUGGUGUUGGCCUUGAUCGUGCCCAUAGUACUGUUCGCUACGACGCUCGGUGUGUUGUGCUACUGGUAUUGUCCACCGAUCAACAAGACCUGUGGCGGAUCGAGUCGCAAUCUCAUGGACAAGUAUGCUAGAAAGGAAGACAUCUUGGCAGAGGACGAAUUCGAGGAAGACGAAGAGGAAUACUGACUGCUACCAAGGGCUCACCCCCCGGCACGGGAGUGAUCCCAGUAAAAUCAUAUCCGAAUGGCUCCAGCGUACUUUACUUUCUAAGUUUAAGCGAUCGAGCAAUACCACUUAGAAAAAUUAACGAAGGGUGAGGAAAUG